GACUACCAGCCCCAGAACACUUGUCUAUAGCCCGCCGGUGUUCAUAUCUAGCCAUGGUUGCAGCAGUCAUACUGCUUCAGGUGCUCUUGCCCUUCGUGCCCUUGGCGGAGCGCGUGAGUGAGAGCCUCAAGACGGCAGAGAGCCUUCGCCACGAUCCCGAGGAAGAGGAUCCCUUCCCCAUCUACGCCUCCACGCAGAAUCGGGCGGCGGAGCUGAAGAAACUCUCCCUCUUACUGAAAAAGCACGUAGACCCUGCUGGUCCGUUGCAGAAGUCGGCCACCCAGUUCCGCGAGAGUGACCAGGAGUACAGCGAUGCUGCUCAUGGUCUCUUCAAGUCGUUGAACAAAUUCCAAGACUCUAUCAGCGAGUUCCGCGGGAAGGUCGCGGAUGCCAACAGCCAUAAGGUCGACACCAUCAAGGAGAAGAUGUCCGCGAAGCUUCCAGGUGUGCGAGGUCCGCAUCCACAGGAUGAGUACUCUGAGGUGGACGACGAGGUGGAGUCAACCUGAAGGCUGCCGACUGAAUGGUCUAAAAGAGAGCGGGAGCGGCCGAAUGGAGGGAGUGUGACAGUGAAGGCCACCUUCAGGAGGGACGGUCAAUGAUAAGAUUGAGACGUGUAUUUUU